AUGAUUUCAAAAAUAUGUAAAAAUAUCCUCUCAUAAAAUAAAUAAUUAUACAAUUUCUCUUCAAUCACAAACGUCCAUGCCCGUGAAAUUCUUGAUUCACGUGGUAACCCCACUAUAGAAUGCGAAGUUACAACUUAAAAAGGUGUUUUUCGUGCCGCUGUUCCUUCUGGGGCUUCAACUGGUAUAUAUGAAGCUUUAGAAUUACGUGAUGGAGACAAAAAAAGAUAUUAAGGUAAAGGUGUAUUAAAAGCCGUAAAUAAUGUAAAUAAUACUAUUCGUUAAGGUUUAAUAGGUAAAAACGUUACAGAAUAAGAAAAAAUAGAUAGAUACAUGAUUGAAUAACUCGAUGGCUCAAAAAAUCAAUAUGGCUGGUGCAAAAGUAAUCUCGGUGCUAAUGCUGUUUUAGGUGUUUCUUUAGCUUUAGCUCGUGCUGGUGCUGCUGAAAAGGGUCUUCCUUUAUAUUAAUAUUUAGGAAAAUUAUCUGGUAAGAAAUAAAAUAGAUUCAUAAUGCCUGUACCUUCCUUAAAUGUCAUAAACGGAGGAAAACAUGCCGGAAACAAGCUUGCUAUGUAAGAAUUUAUGCUCUUACCAGUAGGAGCAACUUCUUUUAAAGAAUCUUUACAAGUAGGAGCCGAAGUAUAUCAUACUUUAAAGAAAGUAAUCCAAAAAAAAUACGGUUUGGAUGCCACUAAUGUAGGUGAUGAGGGUGGUUUUGCACCCAAUAUUUAAGAAAAUAGAGAUGGACUAGAUUUAUUAAUGGAAUCUAUUGAAAAAGCAGGUCAUACAGGAAAAGUAGUCAUCGGAAUGGACGUUGCAGCCUCAGAAUUCUGGAAUCCAGAAAAAAAAGUUUACGACUUAGACUUCAAGACACCUAAUAAUGAUGGAAGUAAGUGUCUUACUGGAAAAUAAUUGACUGAUCUCUACUCUUCUUUCAUUAGAGAUUACCCAAUUUAAUCAGUCGAAGAUCCAUUUGAUUAAGAUGACUGGGAUUCAUAUGCUAAUAUGACUUAACUAUUUGGAAAAAACGUAUAAAUAGUAGGAGAUGAUCUCUUAGUAACUAACCCUAUUAGAGUAAAAUAAGCUAUUGAUAAAAAAGCAUGUAAUGCCCUUUUAUUAAAAGUAAACUAAAUUGGAUCAGUUACUGAAUCUAUUGAAGCUGCUUAAUUAUCAUAAGGUGCUAAUCAUGGUGUUAUGGUUUCUCAUAGAAGUGGAGAAACUGAAGAUUCAUUUAUUGCAGAUUUAGUUGUCGGCUUAGCUAGUGGAUAAAUUAAGACUGGUGCUCCUUGUAGAUCUGAAAGAUUAGCUAAAUAUAAUUAACUUUUAAGAAUUGAAGAAUAAUUAGGAGAUAAAGCUGUUUUUGCAGGAAAAUUAUUUAGAAAUCCUUCUUCCUUAUUUUAAACUAUUUUUCCAAAUUUCAGUUAAAUAUAUAAUAAUGAGAAUUUAUAUAAUCCUUAAAUGACACCCCCAAGACAUUCUUUUUAACCUGAAAGGGAAUAAGACCUACUUAUUUAGAAAAAUAACUAAAUAAUAAGAGACUUCUAAGAAAAGAAUUUAAAAUUAGAAAACGUAAAACAAAUAAAUUAUUAAGACGGUGCAUCAUAUUCUGGUUAAUUAAAUAGUAAAUAAAUGAAAAACGGUAAAGGAAUAUAUAGAUACUCAAAUAAUGAUAUAUAUUUAGGAGAUUGGCGAAAUGAUUAUUUUCAUGGAAAAGGUGUUUAUAUAUUUGCAUUAGGAGAAAUAUACGAAGGAGAAUUAUAAAAUGGUCGAAAAACUGGUCAAGGAACUUAUUAUUACAUGAAUGGUAAUUAUUAUUAAGGAUAAUGGUUUGAUGAUCGAAAAGAAGGAAUAGGAACCUAUUAUUAUAAUACUACAUAAGAAACAUAUACAGGAGAAUGGCGAAACGGUGAGAAAAACGGUAAAGGAAUAUAUGAAUACUCAUAUGGUGAUAUAUAUGAAGGAAUGUGGGAAAAUGGUUAAAAAUAAGGAAGAGGUAUUAUUAGAUUUUCCUCUGGAGCUAAAUAUGAAGGUUUUUGGGCAAAAGAUCGUGCAAAUGGUCGUGGUUUAAUGUAUUAUACAAACGGAGAUAGAUAUGAUGGAGAAUGGCAGGAUGGUAUAAAAUAAGGGAAAGGUAUAUAUUAUUUCAAAGAUGGAAGUAGAUUUGAAGGCGAUUGGGCUAAAGAUUAUGAGAAUGGUGAAGGUUUGUUUUUCCAUCCGAACGGAGAUAGAUAUUAGGGAGAAUUCCGUGAAGGAGAAAAAAGUGGUAAAGGAAUAUAUUUUUAUUAAAAUGGGGAUAAAUAUGAGGGCGAAUGGAAAAAUGAUAAAAGACAUGGAUUAGGAACAUUGAUAAUUUUAAAUGGCGAAAAAUAUUAAGGAGAAUGGAAAGAAGGAGAAAAAAAUGGAAGAGGUAAUUAUUAGUUUUAAACGGGAGAUGUUUAUGAAGGAUAUUGGCUAAAUGGAUAAAGGCAUGGAAAAGGUGUUUAUAAAUGGAAUAAUGGAGAAACUUAUAAUGGUGAAUGGAAAAAUGAUAAAAUGAAUGGACUUGGGGAGUUUACAAAAGUAGAUGGAAGAAUUUUUGAAGGACUUUUUAAAGACGAUAUGGCUAUAGAAAAUAAUUGA